GUGGUAUGACGCUCUUCAUUUUAUGCUGAGUCACUAUUCUGGUUUGUUCUUACUGGUUUUAUGCAGGCUUGUGCUGGCUGGCGGUCUUAGUCAAAAGCCCUUGUGCGAAAUAUUUUUAUUCUGCUCUAGUCUGUAUUUGAUUUAUAGGAUACCGUAUUAAGAUCGGAGGUUUCCACCACUUCAUUUUGCUGGCGUCUCGCAGCCGCGUGUUGGACGUCAAGAAACAGUUUUGUAAAAUAAAAUAGGUACCGUAUUCAGUUUUCAACAUGACGGAAAAUAUGGAAAUUCAGUCAGCCGAUGGUCCGCAACGUUGCACCGAAAAUGGCUGGUUUUCGUGGCUGAGGUGGCGGCCGACAUCACUGAGGUCGUUGAUUAAAUCCGAGGAAAAAAUGAUGUCAGUUGUGAAGUCUAAACACCAGAAAGAGUUUGUACGUUUGCCAAACGGGAAUAUGAUAUGGACACUGAUGUUCAACAAAGAAAUUGAAGACAAGACUCCUUUGGUGAUGGUUCACGGAAUGGCCGGGGGUAUCGGACUGUUUGCCUUGAACUAUGAUGCACUAGUGGGAAAACGACCUGUUUACGCAUUUGAUCUACUUGGAUUUGGACGAAGUAGCCACCCAAAUUUUGAGAAAGAUGCAAUAGAUUCAGAGAAUCAGUUUGUCGAAUCAAUAGAACAAUGGAGAGAUUCCGUAGGGCUGAAUAAAAUGAUUAUUCUUGGUCAUAGUUUUGGUGGAUAUCUAGCCAGCAGUUAUGCUCUGAAAUAUCCAGAAAGAAUAGAACAUCUUAUACUUGCUGAUCCAUGGGGAUUUCCUGCAUGGAAAGCAGACGAUACAAGAGUACGGCGCAUACCAUGGUGGGCACGUGGACUGGUGAAAGUGCUUUCUCCUUUCAACCCCCUGGCAGCUGUGCGAGGAAGUGGUCCUUUAGGGCCACGUUUAAUUAGACUUCGUGGUGAUUUAGGAGAAAAAUUCAAUGAUUUAUCAGAAGAAGAUGAUCCUUCUCCUGUUUUUGAUUACAUAUAUCACUGCAAUGCCCAAAACCCAAGUGGUGAAGUCGGAUUUAAGAACCUCACUGAAAAAAUUGGCUUUGCAUUAAAUCCAAUGAUUGAAAGGAUAGGUGGAUUAAAGCCAGGAAUGCCAGUCAGUUUUGUAUACGGUGCUCGAACUUGGAUGGACAGUAAGUGCGGUAACCAAACACAAGAGUUACUCCCUGAUAAUGAUGUACAAGUAUAUUCUAUAAAAGCCGCUGGACAUCAUGUUUAUGCAGAUCAACCUGAUAAUUUUCACAAGGUCGUGAACUCUAUUUGUGAAAAUAUCAAAUAAAGGCCAAUAUAUGUAAAAAUCAUCCACCGCAACAAAAACCUGAAAGUAUUUUCAUGUACUACUUAUGUUUGCUUACAUCAUGUUCUAUUCACUUAUUUAACUUUAAUUCAAACCUCAAGGAAACGCUAAUGCUCAUCUCAAACAUCUCAACAGUAUGAUCAUGGCUCUUUAAUUAAUAGCAUAUAUGACAGAUGCAUGGCUUUUGCCUGACAUGAUUUUCUUUGAAAAAAUGUGUUUGAGUAUGCUGUUUUUGAUACUGAUUCAUGGAAACUACAAUUUUUGAUGUGGGGUAUUUAAUAUUUGUCAGUAAAUGCUGAGUAUCUUGAAAUCUCUUUUAUUAUACUGGUCACUUCUUUCUUAGUAUUUUCAUUACCCACUGUACACUGUAAUUAUUAUGGCCAAGUAUAUUUUUGGUCUAUUUAUUAACUGAAUAAUGCGCAGUGGAAAUGUGUUGAUAACAGAACUCCAAAAACGGCACUAUAACAACUACCUAGGUAAUAAAAGUGGGUAUUAUUGUUGUUAAAUUUCAACAUAUUACUUCAUUACCAUAUAUCUCAAAUGCUACAUUCGUAUUUGAUUUUCGAGGGACUUUGAAAUUGACAGACACUAAUUUCAUUUUAAAGAUCACAACAAUCCUCACUUCUCCUUCUUAUUGCACUUUAAUUCUAACUUUUCCUAUUUGUUUUAAAUGUUUUUAGCUCUUUUUUUCAUGUGCGAUAUAUUUUACUUUUUAAUUUGCUAAUUGUCUUGAUAGUAUCUACUAUAAAAAGGAAUCAUUGGGCAGCACGUUUUUCCUUUGUAAUUUUCAUGUGCGAUAUAUUUUACAUUUUAAUUUGCUAAUUGUCUUGAUAGUAUCUACUAUAAAGAGGAAUCAUUAGGCAGCACGUUUUUCCUUUGUAAUGUUUCAGCAAUCUUCAGCAACUUGGGAAGGUUCUUAUAGAUUAUUGACCAGAUUGUUAUUUUAUAAACUUGAUAUUAUGUGAUAUGUUGUGUGGGGACUUAAUUAUGACGCUUUAGUAAUAGCUUGAUGCGGGCUUAAUUAUAUUAGCCAAACUCAAAACAUCAAACAAUAGUGAUCAUAGGAGACCGAAUUAAAGGAAAAUAUUGAAUAUGAUUGGUCUCUCUUUCUUUUCGAAAAAUGAUGCCUGGCUGUGUUUAUAUUACAAAUGAAUAUAUUAUAAUGGUUCUUGAUUUUCGAAAAUACAGUUACAUGGAAUUGC